GUAAGAGUAAACACUCAGGAGGAUCUAGCUGCUAGCGAAGACGAGUUGGUUUGCAACUCCAGGGGGAAUAGUUAAGACUUUGGCGAGCUCUAACGCUGGAGGAGGCCGUGGUGCUGCUGGAGCUCUAUCUGGUGGUCCUGGUCAUCUCUUUCUCCUGGGCGGUUUAUUUCUUGUUCGUGUCUAAACCCGGGCUGGGAAAAAACUAGCUCUCAGGAUGGACUGAACUCGGCAGCGUGUUCUCGAGGAUCCUAUCAGCUCACACCCCUGCAGUCAUGGACUUCUCGAAGUUCCUGGCAGACGAUUUCGAUGUGAAGGACUGGGUGAAUGGUGCGUUCAAAGUGGCGCAGAAGGAUGCGCCGGGCAAAGCGGACGCUCACGCGGCCACGCUGGUCAUGAAGCUGCAGCUGUUUAUUCAGGAAGUCAACAACUCCAUAGAAGAAACCAGCAUUCAGGCUUUACAGAACAUGCCUCGCGUACUGAGAGACAUCGAAGCGGUAAAGCAAGAGGCUUCGUUCCUCAGGGACCAGAUGGUGAUGGUGAAGGAAGACAUCAAGAAGUUUGAACAGGACACGGUGCAAUCCAUGCAGGUGUUGGUCGAGCUCGAUCAAGUGAAGUCCAGGAUGCAGCUAGCAGCCGAAGCACUACAGGAAGCUGAUAAAUGGAGCACGCUCAGUGCAGACAUUGAGGAAACCUUCAAAACUCAGGAUGUGGCUGUGAUUAGCAGCAAGCUGGCGGCGAUGCAGAACAGCCUGGCCAUGCUGGUGGACACGCCGGACUACAGUGAGAAGUGCGUCCAGCUGGAGGCGCUCAAAAACCGUCUGGAGGCCCUGACAAGUCCUCAGAUCGUCUCCACCUUCAAUACACACUCUACAGAUCAAGCUAAGCUGUUCGUAAAGGUUUUCACUGAAAUAGACAGAAUGCCUCAACUCCUCGCUUACUAUUACAAAUGUCACAAGGUGCAGCUGUUGAGUGUGUGGGAAAGUGUGUGUCAGUCUGAUGCGCCUCUGAAGCAGCAGCUGUCCGAGUUCUACGACACACUCCUAUCCACCUGGUACACACAGCUUCAGUGGAGUAGUCAGGUGUUUAAGAACCCCUAUGAGGUGGUGACGGUGCUGAUGAUACAGACCCUCGGUGCCAUGGUCCCGUCCAUCCCACAAUGCAUUGCAGCAGCGCUGGAGCGGAGCCCUGCCGAGAGUCGACUCGACACACUCCUCGAGCUGCACCAGACAGCAGCCAGCUUCAGCCGCAGCCUGGAGAACGCCAUGCAACCUCACCUCGGUGAGUGUAACCUGUUGAAGGUGUGUGAGCUGGUGACGAGUGUGUAUACGCCGUAUAAAAGCUAUCAGAUGCAGUACGGAGAGCUGGAGGAGAACAACCUGCUGAUUCAACUCAGUGCUGUCCCACUGGAGAGUGGUGAGGUGCUGGACUGCGUGCUGGAGCUCACACACUCGGUACAGAAGGUGUUUGGUCUGGCAGCGGCGGCCGUGGAUCGCUGUGUCAGACUCACAGACGGACUCGGAGUGUGUGGCCUCAUCAAAGCCCUGCGUGCUCUGUUCACCAAGUAUGUAUCAGAUUUCUCCCGCACACUUCAGUCGAUCAGGAAGAAGUACAGGCUGGAGGACACGCCCACCUCAGAGGUCUUCACCGAAGAUUGGACGGCUUUCCAGAAUUCCGUCAGGAUUAUAGCUACAUGUGGGGAGCUUCUCAGGCAGUGUGGCACUUUCGAGCAACAGCUUUCCAACAAGAUCCUGGGAAAGGCGGGCCAUUUCCUGUGGGAGGGGUUUAACCCCAGGAGUCUGAGCGGCCUGCAUGAGGGCGGGGCCGAGAGGCGUGGCCAGAAGAAUCCCUGGCAGGAAUAUAACUACCUACAGCAGAGCAGCACGGCGGAGUACAACACCCUGCUGGAGACACUACACACACUCAAGGAGAAAGGCACGGGGAACUCGAGCCUCCUCGCAGACACCCGCGCCGCCAUGACCCGCCUGAACCAGCAGGCCAAUCAGCUCGCCUUCGACUCGGUCUUCCUGCAGAUCAAACGGCAGCUCUGCCUGCUCACCAAACUGGAGGUUCGAGGUACAGCUACUCUGGGUGAAACCCUCACUGAAGAUCUACCGACCUUCAGCCUCUCUCCACAGGAGUACAUUACUAAUAUUGGGCAGUACAUCAUGUCUCUGCCACUGCAUCUGGAGCCGUUUGUGACUCAGGAGGAUCCAGCGCUGGAACUGGCCUUACACACAGGAAAACUGCCAUAUCCCCCAGAGCAAGGCGAUGAUGUUCCGGAGCUGGAGAACACGGCUGAUUAUUGGCUGGGGUCCAUCGCCCGGGCAACCAUGCAGACCUACUGCGAUGUGAUUCUGCAAAUCCCUGAGCUCAGUCCUCACGCUACCAAACAGCUGGCUACAGAUAUCGACUACCUAAGCAACGUUAUGGACGCUUUGGGCCUCCAAACAUCCAGAAAUCUCCAGAACAUCACGGCGCUUCUCCGCGCCAAACCCGAAGAGUUCAGACAGACGGCUAAACCUCUCCCGCGCAGACUCUCGUCCAGCAUCGCUGCCAUGCGAGGCCUCGAGCAUUGAGGGGGAUCUGGACCAAAAAGACGCUGUUCUUUUUUUCUUUUUUUUUUUUUUUAAUUUAUUUCCAUCUGUCAUCCAGGCGGUUUGUUUUGCACAUCAACUAAAAUGUUCAUCAUUUUGUUAGAAUAACAACUUGUCCCAUGAUAAUGUAGAGUGUGCAUGGAUGUAAAGUUUCCUACAGGGAUUAUCUGCUUUGGUUAUUCGUUACCUUUCAUUAAUCUGAACUGAAUAAAUCAUCAUAUAUUACA